AUGAGAAGAGAAUUCAAACAUGUACGCAACUUCAUCAGUAAUAUAAUUAACAUUAUACUACUCUGGAUUUUGCAGUAUGUUUGGACCUUGCCUGGAUUUGUUGUUAUUCUGAGUUAUUUAUAUUCAAACAAUACAUUUCGCGCUACAGCCGACUCUGUCAUCAAGUGGUUUAAUAAAAAACUGGAGCACUAUGUCUAUGUAAACGGUAACGAACGACGCACAGCGCUUGUCAUGGGAGCGGAUAAUGCUGUGGGCUUUAACCUCGUUAGAAAGCUUGUGCGUAAGCAUUACCAUGUUGUUAUUGGAGUUAAAUCGACGAACGUGGGGAUUAAAAUGAAAAGGAAAAUCUUGAGAACUUUUCCAUAUGGGCGUAUUACAGUACUUUCCGUGGAUAUGGAUAAUCCAAUAAAUGUGUUCCAUUUUGCAAAGCGGAUACGGCACAUCUUGAAACGCCUUGACGUACUAUAUUUGAAUAACAGUGUUGUAAACAUUGAAUCAAUGGAUUGGAACGUAAUGUACGAGACAUUGCGAGCUGGUAGCAUCGGAUACUUUUUCACCACUGGAAAAGCUCGUCCAGGAGGGAAGUACAUGAUCACCCCAGCCAAUUUGGGCGUGGGCGACAAUGGUUUUGGCAUCGAGUUCUGUCAGCAGAUUCUCUCCCCCUUCAUUUUAAUCGAAGAGCUCAAGCUACUGCUCACCAACGCGAAUCUUCCAGGCCGCGUGGUGUGGUCGGGCUCAUCCACCUGCAGUCGCGAAGCUUUCAGUUGGAACGAUCCGCAGCACCUGAACGGACACAACUCGUUCUACUCGCACAAAUGGUUCGUCCAUCUGCUGCAGCCCGCCAUCAACGAGCAUCUUCAGUGUCUGGGCGUGCAGAGCUUCGAGGCCUGUCCGGGACUCAUCAUCACGGGAACUUCGCCCAAGUUCUUCCGAAACAUGUCCGGGUUGAUCUAUCUUCUUGGGUAG